GGCGGUGCCCGGACGCAGGUGCCGGCCGGAGCGGAGCAAGCAGCUGCAGACGGGCCGGGCCGGGCCGGGACCCGGGCCAGGGAAAACCGAGGGGCCUGCGCGGCCGCCCGGCCCGGCCGCAAAACAGGCUCCUGGGACCAUGGGCCUCAGGCCCUGAGGACAGACGGCUCCUUGUGGCCAUGACGACAGGUGACUGUUGCCACCUCCCUGGCUCCCUAUGUGACUGCUCUAGCAGCCCUGCCUUCUCCAAGGUUGUGGAGGCCACAGGCCUUGGGCCACCCCAGUAUGUGGCACAGGUGACUUCAAGGGAUGGCCGACUGCUCUCAACUGUCAUCCGGGCUUUGGACACACCGAGUGACUGUCCCUUCUGCCGAAUCUGUCACGAGGGAGCGAAUGGGGAGAACUUGCUGUCCCCAUGUGGCUGCACCGGCACACUGGGAGCUGUGCACAAGAGCUGCCUGGAGAAAUGGCUGUCUUCCUCCAAUACCAGCUACUGCGAGCUGUGCCACACUGAGUUUGCAGUUGAAAAGCGGCCCCGACCCCUCACAGAGUGGCUGAAGGACCCAGGGCCUCGCACUGAGAAGCGGACGCUGUGCUGUGACAUGGUGUGCUUCGUGUUCAUCACACCACUGGCUGCCAUCUCAGGUUGGCUGUGCCUUCGAGGGGCCCAGGACCACCUCCGUCUGCACAGCCGGCUGGAGGCUGUGGGGCUCAUUGCCCUCACCAUCGCCCUCUUCACCAUCUAUGUGCUCUGGACACUGGUCUCUUUCCGAUACCACUGCCAGCUGUACUCAGAAUGGAGGAAGACAAAUCAGAAAGUCCGCCUGAAGAUUCGAGAAGCAGAUGGCUCCGAGGAACCCCACCACUCCUUGCUGGCUGCUGGACUCUUAAAAAAGGUGGCAGAGGAGACCCCUGUGUGAAGAACUGACUGGCAGGGCCCUGAGGUAGUGAAGAGACCAGAGGCAGAUGACAAUGCCUUGGUGUUUGGAAGGAUGGAAGCUGCCUGACCUUUCAUGCACAGCCACGAUGCUUCUCAGGCCAAGAGCCACAGCAAGCAGAGCCUGCUCUGUGCUCCUUGUGAACAUAUUUUCAAGGGUUUUGUUUUAUGUAUUGUUGUACAUGACCAGGACAAAUGAACAGACCCAAGCUUUGGAUGGAGCAGGCACCCUUAUCUCAUUCUGAGUUCUGCUUGAUACCUCCUUGGCCAGCAGCUUUGACUGCUUGUGUCAGGGACACCUGUUGGGCUAGAAGGUUCCAGCAAGCUUCUUGCGCUACUCUGCACCUGGCUGGCUUGCUUUACUGGCACUCUUGACUUUAUAAAGUUGCACUGCAUUCCAAAAACCCAACCCUGAAUGAAUAAAAGGAGCCCUUGCUGGCUAACAUGGACUCAUCA